AUGGCGGGGAAUAGAAUGAAACGGAAAGCGUGGGUUUAUUGCAAAAAGGUAAAUAUUCUGAGAACUACAGCUCGUAGAAGCAAAACAGUCGGACAGGAGAAUACCGAUAGUGUUUUCACUCCGGAUUCAAUGAUCGCCAGAUCACCGAUGGACACAAGUACUCAAUUUUCUUGCGGUGUGUUUAACAAUGUGCCUUGUUUAAAUUAUUACGAAAACGAUCCGUCAUCAGAUGAUCCAGUGGAUGAGUCUCUCACAUUUCUUAUCAAUAUGGAGAGUAAUUCGGUGACCUGCAGCGAUGAAUCUCCAAGCAGUUCCGAGGAAUCCGAGAGUGAAACAGAACGAAGUGAUUCUGGCUCAGACAGCGAAUGUGACAGCGAACACAACAAUGAGACAAGCAACCUUGAAACAAACGAUGAAGAUAUCAGGGAUGACAGUAUACCGCUAUACAAUGACGCUAGAGUGUCAAGACUCGGUGCACUGAUUUUAGUGAUGCUUUUUAGCCUAAGACAUCAGCUCUCCGGAAAAGCUCUGAUCGAUUUGGUCAAAGUGCUACGUGCUUUACUGCUUGAUGGUCACAAAUUUAUCGCCUCUGCAUACUUACUCAAGAAGUAUUUUGCUGAUCUUUUUGGCGAACCUGCACCAAUUAGGCACUCAAACUGUGGGAACUGUCUUGGCAGAAUACGGAACGGUCAAGCACAGUGCUUAAAAGCUAAUUGUGAGAAUUCGAAGAAAAAGACGGAGUACUUCUUGGAGCUGGAUUUACAAAAACGUUUGUGUCAGCUGUAUAGAGGUAUGAAAUCAACUUAG